AUGACGGAUUCGUUCUUUGGCUUCGAUACCUCGCUCCCGGUGGAGGAUGACGGAGGCGGAGGAAUCGGGGGAACUGCCCAGGACGAUUCCGAGGAGGAGUACGAUGCCCUGAAUGAUGAGACGUUUGGGAUGGCCGCUCGGGAGGGUGACUGGGAGGGGCUGCAUGAGGAUUUGGUACGGAUGGACCAGCGGGAAGGGGGCGAUGGCGAUUCCGGGCCGGACUCCGAUCUGGACAUCAACUUCUCCGCCGUGAGGAUCGACAAUCUGGAGAUGAACGAUGACAACGAGUCGGAGGCGCGGCUGCACGAUUCCACCAGCGCACCGAGAAUAGCCGGGCCGGCUUCGAUGCCCUUCCCUGGAUUUCCACCGAAUUUUUCCCUUCCGAAUCCUUCUCAGAUGCGCAUAUGUUCGGUGGAGGAAAUUGAACAGAACAUGAUCAAACAACAGGCUCAGCAACUGCAGCAACAUCCUCUGGUUCCGCCACGUCCUCCUCCGCAGCAGCAUGAAAACCUUCAGCACCAAUACCAUCAAAACUUAGGACUUGCUCGCCCUCCGCCAGGUUUCCCAACAGCACCUGCGCUGAUGAGCCAACCACCACUGACGAUACCGGUGAAUUUCCCUCCACCGUUGAAUAUGGGACCUCCGCCGCCUCUCCAUCUUCUCCAAACGAACAUCCCUCCUCCAGGAAGUGGUCCUCCGUUGUUUCCACUGAAUGUGCCUCCUCCGAACUUCCAGGAGCAGCAGAACCAUGCCAACUUUAACCAACGUCUGGUGCAGGAGAUUCAACAGAACCAUCCUCUGUUGGCCCAGCAUCGUCACCAUCAACAGCAACAUCAGCAAAAUCGCUACCAGCAGCACAACAAUCGUCAAAACUACCACCAACAACAGCAUCAGAAUCGGCAUCAAAACGGAAAGAUUAACCGUUCCGGAGAAUAUGACGAGUAUGCCAAUCUGAUGAGCGAACGGGACAAGCAGUGGCUGCUGGGAAUUCAACUGUCUCAGCUGAACAAGGACACUCCAUACUUCAACGAUUACUAUUUUUGCGUGUUCCGUGACCGAAAGGAACGUCAGAAGGGUGAAAAUGAACGAGAAAGCAAGGCGCACAAGGACAACACGUUCUAUCAUCCCUUCACGCAGCAAAUGCUUCAGCGCAACGGGCUUAUCGGGCGGGAAAGACGAAACUCGGAAAAGAGCCAGGACAUCAAAGAAGUUCCCGCCAGGAAUUAUACUCCACUUCAGUUCGAAAACUCUCUUGGCAAGCUGCAGUGUGGCAGUGUGACCGCACCAAGGAAAAUCAUCGAUCAGGACGUGGUGGCUGAAUCGUCCACCAACACAGGAACUGCGGUCUCGUCCGAGGUUCUGUCACAGCGGAAGUCCAGACAAAUUUUACUGCAUGUUGAAAGUCUGUACAAAAUCGCUCUGAAGAUGGAGGACUUGAGCAAUCCGCUAGCGAUCGAAGCUAAGCAACUGCUGAAGGAGAAGAAGGAACGAGAACGUAUGCUGGCGCUGGAACGAGGCCAACAGGUUGACGAGCAGAAUAACGUCACUGUUAAUGGAAUCGAUGGGUCGUCGGAUGCGCAAGAGGAUACAUUCGAUUCAAUGCUGGAAAAGCUCCUGCCUGGGCUUUCUCCAGAAGGAGUUCUGAUGACUCUGUCAGUUAGGAAAGGAAAACUUCUACUGAAACGCAUUCAAGCGAUUGUUAAAGAUCACCCAUUUCGAUGGAUUCUAUGGUGUACAAUUUUAACUGCAUUGCCUCUACUCCCUAAGCGGGAUCGAGACGACCCGGAAGGCCUGUUGAGCCCCCUUUUCGCUCAACUGGAAAGCCAUGUAAAAUACUCAACCCUCCAGGAUUUGCUUCCACUGCUAGACACGUUUCUAAACUCGGACAAACUGCUCCCCCUGGUGCCCAAGUGUAAAUUUCUUCUGACUACCGUUCUGACUCUGAUCGAUCGCCUGGAGCAUUUCCACUCCACUCCGGCAGUGAAUCUGCCCGCCGAAGCGAUCGAGCGAUGGAAGACAUUCCUCAAGGAACUGUCCCGAGCGGUCGGCGGCGUUGGAAUGGGACCGCAGAAGGUCCUGCUCAAACUGGACUCCAAUUGUAAAAUCAUUCGCACGCUGCGGGAUCACUUCCAACGGUAUCCGGCGCUGGAGCUGGAACUGAAGCUGCUCGCGCUCAUCUCGGUCGAGGACAAAAAAUAAAAGCUCUCGGACGGACAGGCGGACAUGCAUGCAAAAGGUAUGAAAUAUUAAGCUUUUUCCGUUUCAUUUUAACCUGUGGACCAUCGCGCGGUCAGCUAGUGCCAGCAGUUAUGGUGCUGCUGAGCAAGCAUGCUUUUUCCACCUGAGUUGUACAAAAUACAACAGCGCGAUCACCGAACGGUUAAUGAUUAUAUGUGUAAAAAUUACAAAAGUUUUUCCCGUUACUUAUUAGAACGGACGAGCAAGUGUUUUGCAGGAAAAAAGUGUAGAACUGAAAAUAGUGAUUUUCAAAGUUUAGGUAGUAAAUAACCAUUUUUAACGUGGAAAAUAAUGAUUAUAAAAUGUUAGCAUGAUGGAGCAGGCAAGUUAUAGAUCAAAACAACAAAUCUUUCAUUUUUUAACGUAUAUAUAUAUAAUUCAGUUAUGUAUUCCUUUUUUUGUGGCUUUAGUUUCGUUUAUUUUGACCCAUAUAAUAACUUUUGAAUACUGUAUAAGCAUAUCCAAUAACUAUCAUUAAAGUGAAUUCUAAAAGGAGA